GCGAGAUUUGGGUCGUGGCCACUCGUAGAGGAGACGUCACGUUACGUCCGGUUUUGUAAGAGAAACUUCCUCAUUUUCCAUAUGUAAUAUUGCUGACCUUGGCGAAAUAACUAUUACUUUUGAAAAUGCUAAUUUUAUCAAACAGGAUAAAGUUAUGGUCUCUGGCUUUUACAGCCGCACGCAUGUACAGCAGCGGUCCCGCCGUUGCUAACAACAAUCCCACCGUUUACUUUGACAUUGCUGCAGACAACGAACCACUGGGCAGAGUAAGCUUUGAGCUCAACGCCGACGUUGUGCCAAAAACUGCAGAAAAUUUCAGGGCACUUUGCACAGGGGAACAUGGCUUUGGUUACAAGGGGUCAACUUUCCACAGGGUGAUCCCUCAGUUCAUGUGCCAGGGUGGAGAUUUUACUAACCACAAUGGAACUGGUGGGAAGUCAAUCUAUGGAUGGAAGUUUCCUGAUGAGAACUUCAAACUGCAGCACACUGGACCUGGCAUCUUGUCUAUGGCCAAUGCUGGACCCAACACCAAUGGAUCCCAGUUCUUCAUCUGCACCGCUAAAACAGAAUGGCUGGAUGGCAAGCAUGUUGUCUUUGGCAGUGUGAAAGAGGGAAUGGACGUGAUCAAGAAAGUUGAGUCUUUCGGUUCACGGUCUGGACGAACCUCUAAGAAGAUCACUAUCACCGACUGUGGAGAGCUCAUCUAGACCCCAUGUCUAGCGACGCAGUCCUCAUUUCACCUUGUUAUUUCAGUGUUUCUUUAGUCGUGGCACAGAACGAUACCUCUCUUUAUUGACAACAGAUAAUGUCUGAAUCAGGCAAAGUUUUUCAGCUGGAACUUUAAUGUCCAGGAAUUAACUACUGCAGUUAACUGUGAUGCCGUAAAAUGUGAACUAGUAUUAUAUUUGAGGGAAAACUAGUAAUUCAUUAACAUAGAUUGAAAUUGGGUUGAUAAAGUGGAAUUUAUUUAAAAGACAAAAAUAAAGUUUUAUUUUCUAACUAAA